CAGGAGGCUGGAUAUCCUGGCCACAUAAAUGUUGCUACGUCUUUGGCCGCGGAUGGCUGUAGGAAUGUAGGAAGCGGAGGAAGGGUGGGAAGCGUAGGAAGGAUAGGAAGGGAGUGUUUGGUGUGGGCUGGUGCGAAUGGUGUUCACCGCAAAGUACGCAGACGGGAGCAGUUAUCACGGUUAUAUAGCAGCAUGUUGUGUCAUGGGAGGUUAGAAGCUCGAAGGUAGGAGUUUGCUGAAGAUAUAUUUUAGCACGGAUGUUGUGUGUUCAAAAGAAAAAAUCAUCCAUCAUUACACAAAUGAAGCUGACUAUCAGCCUAUGCAUACUUUUCGGCACUGGAACAACAAUGGCUUUUCCACAGUCUUCCUUUUAUGCAGGAAAUCGAAAAGAAAUUUACCCAAAUGUUCUUUCUCGCUUUGGUGGUGAUGACACUAAUGUUGAUAAUCGUUUUGGAGAAAAUAGCCCAUCAACAAGUUCAGUAGCUCCAACCAGCACUCGUACCGACUCUCUUCAUGAUCCUGAUAUUGUAUCCCGAGUAGCAACCUGGCCAAAAGAGCAUCAACCAUUCUGGUACCUCAAUUCCUUACAUAUUAACAGUCAGCGUGGACAGAAUGUUCCUUGCAGAAACUGUGUGAAUCAAGAAUCUAUUCCGCAACCUCUACCACGAUCUCCAUUUGCACAAAUAAACUAAGAAUUUCACUGAUCAGUUACUAAAUGAUGCACAGAAUGUACCAUCAUGUUCACUCUCUGAAUAAUUUACAACAUUAAUUGUAAUAGUGCUUUAAAAUGUUGGAAAACCAGAAAUUGUAAUAAAAUGUGUGCUGUUUUAGUGCAAAUGUAAGAUCCAAUAAAAAGCAUUUUGAACCAUUUCACCUCAUAA